AUGUUACCUGGAUAUUUAUGGCGCAAGGAACCUGAUGGAGACUUGCACAUUUUGCAGGAGCUAGCCACUAUACCAGCCAGUCAGUUUCCAUCUAAAUAUUCCCAGUUACCAGACAUUAAUGGUCCAUCACUAUCAUCUGUAUCUAAUCAGCUGAUUCCGUAUGUUGGAACCCCUGCAAUCGCAUCGUUGCAACAAGCCAAUGCAGACAUGGAUAACCAAAAUGAACGUUUACGCAACAUGGAAAUGCGGAUCAACAUCUCUGAAAAAUCAUGUCGAGCGCUGCUCGAGGAAAUGGUGCGGCUGCAGAGUGAUCUAAAGGCAGCCGUACGCCGGAAUGAAGAGAUGAUACAUGACCAGACACUCUCUCGGCAACAGAUGGAAUCUUUGAUACGUAAAAAUGUGGACACUCUGAUGCACCUGAACUCUCGUGUUCAAAGGACUGAACAAAAAGUGCAGCAAGAUGAACUGGCGCUAACGUCUUUGAAGAACCACACCAAAAACUUAGAGCAACUGACUCGGGGUAGUCAUCAGGAUUUGUACAGCAACAAAGACAUGCAUAUUGCAAGAAUUAAUGAAUUCCAGGCUCAACUGGAGGAUGUGAUCCAAUCAAAGAAACAAAUGGAAGUUUUGCUGUCAGAGAUGAGUGGAGGUCUUCGUCAAUUAAGCAACAAAGUUGACAGUCAAGGAUCCAAAUUCUCUAAUGCCAUUAGUGAAAUGAUGCAUAUGUCAAAGCGUCUGGAAAAUGAACAUCGCCUUGUUCAAGACUCCUUUUCAAAAAAUCUUCAUAAUCCUAACGAUACGUCUGUUUCUAUUCUCAGAGAACAAAUGGAUAGCAGAGUAGGUGAAUUGAAAGAAAGCCUUUUGUUCAUGCGACAAAAGUUUGAACAAGAAGCACAACAACGGAUUUCCAUGGAACAAAAUUUAAAUCGCAAAUUAAGUGAAAUGGAAAGUAGCAUAAGUCUGCAAAUGCGAAAACAAGAUGAUUCCACACGGCAGAUUAACCAACUUCAAAAUGACCAAGAACAUGGUAAGGAUUAUUCAUGGCAGAGGCUACAAGGCCAAUUUCAGGAUAACCUGGACGAUGUCAGUAAAAGAUUGAAUCAUAAAGAAAUCGCGAUAAAAGAGGAAAUUGAAGAAAAAUUUCAGCAGCUUGAGAGGAUGAUUCAACAAGAACGUUCACAAAGGGUAGAAUUUGAACGAUCAGUGCAAAGUGACACAGAUAGACGUGCCCAGGCAAAUAAGCAAAAAUAUAGCAAUGACUUGCAGAAAUUAAUGGAUUCCAUCAAGACAGACCGAUCAAAAACAAAAGAUAUGAUGCAAAAGCUAAAUGAAGGCCUUCAACUUCUUGAAGAUACAUUUGAUGGAAACAAGAAACAAUUAGAGAAAAUUGUUUCAGCUGAGAUUCAUUCCCGAAAAAACCACGAGAAGGACACAGUAGAUAAGUUUGGAGAAAUUCUUGAAAAGAUUCAGCUGGUGUCAGUGCAUCUUCAGCAAAAUCUUGGAGAAUUGAAAGGUCAACUUGAAGACUAUAUCAACAAUAUUCAGAAAGAUUUGCAAGAUAGUGUCCAAAAUCAAAAUGAUGCAGCCACAAGGGCAUUGGCUGAUCUUGACACCAGGCUGCGAAACGAAAGUGAAAAACUUGCUAAUCUAGAGAAUUCUGUUGAAGAUAAAAUUGCUCAGAUGAUGAAAGAUGUACAAAAUCCACAGGAUUUGAAGAAAUUAACUGAUGAAAUUCAGCUUCAAAUUGAUGCAAUCAAUAAAUCUCAUGAAGACAUCAACAAUGAAUUAAAAGACUAUAAAAACAGAAUGGAACAGUUUCCAAAUGAUUUGUAUUCACUUGAGGAAAGGUUGAAACUUCUCAAAUCUGAAGUGGAAAGUCGAGUCAGUACAGAAGCGCAAAUAAGAUUGGAAAAUAUUGAUGAUCUCCAAAAUCAGAUUUCUUCUAUUCCUCGAAUGCCAGUUCCCCCUGUACCGUAUGCCACAACGAAGGAUAUUGAAAAUUGCCAGAACAGCAUCAAACGUCUUGCAGAAUCUAUCCAAACUGUCAAGACUGUUCUUGGAAUGAAGAUUCAAUCAGAACAGAAAUUGAGAAUUGAGGAAAUAAGAGGUCUCCAAGAUGAAAUAAUUCGUUUACAAGGUAUGAUGCAACCACUUAUUCACAGGCACUCCAAACACUUUGUCAAAGAUGACAGAUAUGCAAAUUCUGGCUCUUCUUCUCCUAAUUUCCUUCAUUAUCUAUCUAUCAAUCUAUCUAUCAGUUUCUUCAUUAUCUAUCAAUUUCUUCAUUAUCUAUCUAUCUAUCUAUCUAUCUAUCUAUCUAUCUAUCUAUCUAUCAGUUCCUUCAUUAUCUAUCUAUCAGUUCCUUCAUUAUCUAUCUAUCAAUUCCUUCAUUAUCUAUCAAUCUAUCCAUCAAUUCCUACAUUAUCUAUCUAUCUAUCUAUUCAUAUUUAUCCCAGUCAUUUCAUAUCUAUUUAUCUAUCUGAGUCACUUCAUAUCUAUCUAAUUUCAUACUUAUCUAUUUCUUUAUUUCUUAUCUACCUCAGUCAUUUCAUAUCUAUCUAUCUAUCUAUCUAUCUAUCUAUCUAUCUAUCUAUCUAUCUAUCUAUCUCAUAUGCCUAUUAUUAUUACAAUCUAUCUAUCUAUCUAUCUAUCUAUCUAUCUAUCUAUCUAUCUAUCUGA